AUGGUGGAAGUACGCACCUACAAGAUUGACCCGACCCCUCUGAUGCCAAACUCCCCCCACGUCGUGAUCCACUACCCAGGCCUCUUCCGCACCCAACUCUCGUCCCCAUCCUUCACCCUCGCAGACCUCUACGACCUCUACGCAAGCAAUGGCUGGGAAUCGCAAUGGGUAGCCCGGUACGGACCAACGCAGGACUCGCACUACCACUCCGCCGCGCACGAAUGCAUGACGGUAGUCUCAGGCCAAGGCGCAACCAUCCGCUUCGGCGUCGCUGAUACCUCGCCAGACCCCGAGGAAGCGACUCACGGCGCUGCCCACGAAGACGGCGGCGUCUGGGUCGAAGCGUCCAUAGGCGACGUGUUUAUCCUCCCCGCGGGCAUCGCGCAUAAGACGUACGCCCCGCGACCCGAGAAUCACGACUUUGUGUUCCAUCAGUGCAAAGAUGAGAAUGGCGUGGUUGUGCGGGAUCCCGAGAGGGCGAGGAGGUUUUUCGAGGAGAUCGAGAUGGGCGAUUGGUUUCAGAUGAUGGGGAGUUAUCCGAGGGAGAAUGAUUGGGAUUUUAGAGUCGGUGGGGAGCAUCGGGGGAGAGAGAGGUUGGUUUGGAAUGUACCGAAACCGAAAAGAGAUCCGGUGCUGGGGUUGAGUCAAGAGGGCAUGUGCGGGCUGUGGAAGGAACGGCCUCUGUUGAGUAAGCUUUAAAUCGGUGGUGGGCUUUU